AUGGAGAUAAAGAAAAGCACCAGAUUUUCCAGUUUUGCUGUCAUACAAAAUAUGUUUUUCUUUCAAGUCAGCCUUGGGAUCACGGCAAAUACUGUCCUGCUUCUCUUUCAUGUCCUCACAUUCCUUCUGCAGCACAAGCCCAAGUCCACUGAUCUGAUCAUUGGUCACUUGGCCCUUAUCCACAUAGUGAUGCUCCUAAUUGUGGGUGUCAUAGCUGUAGAUAUUGUUGGUUUUCCAGAUUUAUGGAAUGACAUCACAUGUAAAUGUGUUCUCUAUCUGUACAGAUUGAUGAGGGGCCUCUCCAUCUGUACCACCUGCCUGCUAAGUGUGCUCCAGGCCAUCACCCUCAGCCCAAGAAGCUCCUAUCUGACAAAGUUCAAACAGACAUCCCUGCAUCAGAACCUGUGUUGCUUUCUCUUUUUAUGGGUUUUCAAUAUGAUCAUCAGUAGUCGUUUCUUAAUCUCCACUAUUGCCACCCCUAAUGUGUCCUCACAGAGUCUUAUGUUUGUCACUGAAUCCUGCUCUCUUUGGCCCAUCAGUUACUUAGUCAAGUACAUAUAUUUCUCACUGGUGACCUUCAGGGAUGUGUCCUUUAUAGGGGUCAUGGCACUCUCAAGUGUGUACAUGGUGAGUCUCUUAUGCAGGCAUAAAAGGGAGUCCCAGCAUCUUCACAGCACCAGCCAGUCUCCAAAAGCAUCUCCAGAACAAAGGGCCACCCAGACCAUUCUGUUGCUCAUGAGUUUCUUUAUGACCAUGUAUUUUUUGGAUUGUGUUAUUGCCUCUACUUCUGGAAUGCUAUGGAAGAAUGACUCCAUUCAUUAUCGCAUCCAAAUGUUCUUGGGCAAUGGCUAUGCUACCUUCAGCCCCUUGGUGCUAAUCAGUACUGAAAAACGGAUGAUCAAGGGCUUAGUAUCUAUGUGGGGAAGGUCAGUAAAUGUUUAA